AUGAUAGCCCUCGCCACCCGCGCGACCUCCCUCCCACGCGACCGCCCGGGACGGGGCACUGGGUCCCGUGCUACGCCGGGUCGUGCAAAGGAGUGGGGCGAAGGAGUUACCAAGAAGCGCCACUACUUCUUCCUGCCCAGAAAGAGCCCCAGCAAGAAGUUGGUCCUGUUUGCUGGGGACUCUCAUCUUAGCUCCAUCGUGGACAAGAGAGUGCACUUGCCAGAGGACAGCUUCACUUUCGGCUUCUCCUGCACUCCUGGGGCGACUGCAUCACAGCUGCAGAUGGAGCUUGGAGCUGAUUACAGCCUGACCUGUUGUGCCUUCUGGCGCCGUCCAAACAUGCCCCGUGACCACAUCACCCCUAUUGAUGAGGCAGCCAGGACCUUCAAGAACCUACUGGCAUCUGCCAAGGAGAAGUGCGGAAAGGUGUGUGUUAUCGAUUUCCCGCCUCGUCUGUCUUUCAACGACGAGUAUCAGACAGCUCUUGGGCAGGAAUACCACAGGGUAGCAGCGACAGCCGGAGUCACGUACCACCUACUUGCACACCAUUUCUCCAUGAGUGACACCAAGCUGUGGGCUACAGAUGGGACCCAUCUCAGUGAUGACCAUGGCCUCUGCAUUCUUGUCGAGCAGCUGCUGGACGCAUGCACUCACGAGUUUCGAGCGGUCUCCUCCCAGCCCCCCCCAAGCUGCCAUCUCCCACCUACGCCAAGCCCCGCCGUCGUCCCGCACCUCCCGCGCCUGUGUCUCCUCCAGUCCCCGCCGCAGCCCCUCGCAGAGCUUCCACCAGGCAGCGCACACGCCUUGUACGUGACGUCAGCCCUGAAGGAUCUAAGUUGCCAUCUGGGGAGUUCGCACCUUUUAGACCAUGUUCACCUGAGACUGCAGAACAGCCCUGCCAUGGCCGUAGAGAUGGAGAACAUUUGUCUGUCCAGCGGUGACAAACCUACAUCAUGCCCGGCAACAGAAAAGACUUCUUCUCUCAAGCGUGCAAAGACCAAGAACAAGAAGCGUCGCGUGAAGAGACAGCUGCAUGACUUGGAGGUGUUCCCACAUCUUCCACGGCCAGCAGGGGAGCAGCAAAGUGCAACCUUGCACAUGGUGCCAGAGACGACAUCCCCGAGCAACCCACAAGAACACCAGGCAAGCUCUGAUGAAGACAACAAAGUUAAGUCAUGCUAUGCUAUUGAUGGUCGUCUUGCUUCACAAGUUGUUGCUGAUGGCCGCCGUGCCUCUGGUGUUGCUCAGUUUUCAUUAGAAUGCAUGCCCAUUGCUUUAGUUGCCAUUUCUCAACAUAAACGUAAAAAUGUUUUCACAUGGAAACAAUUUGAUUUGGAUAAUGUGCUUCAUUUGGGUGAUCAAAUGUACGCACAGUGCCAUAAUCCAGAUAAAGAUGACUUUAUGUGUGUUGGUGAUUUGCCAAAACAAUACAUUGUUGAUGACCACCACUUUACAUUUACAUUUGGGGAUGCAGUUAGUGGAAAUGUCAAUGUCAAUGAUAGUAAAUUCAUCCGAGAUGGUGUAUAUUUUAACUUAAGAGAUGGUUUGAGCAAGAUUGUUUCACAGAAUGAUUCUUGCCUCCUCACAGUUGGUUGUAACACCUGUGCAAUUAUUGCUAAUAAUGGUUGCUAUGCUGUGGUUGAUUCUCAUUCCCGUUCUCCCACUGGUUUAAUUCAUCCUGACGGUAAAAGCAUUGUGGCAUAUUUUGGUUGCUUGGAAGAUUUAUAUAUUCACAUUUGCUCAUUGGCUAAAAGUUUUAAGAAGAAGGACUUUGAAAUUCAAGGUGUAACUUUUAUUGGAGAGACCACCACAGCCCUGCACUUCAAACCUUUGACUGAACAAGUCUGUAGACAAUUGUGUGACAAAUUGAACAUAGACUUUGAAAAAAGUGAUUAUCCUCCAAUUGACAUUGUUGGUUUGUUGGGCAAUCCAUGCAAAAAUGAGAGUAUUGUUGGUGAUGGUAACUGUUUUUUCCGUGCAAUUUCCCAAGCAGUUUGUGGCACACAAAAAAAUCACAGAAAAUUUAGGGUCGCAGCAGUGAAACCUCAAAAAUAUCCUCACAUAUACACAGGUUUAUUUGAAGGAUAUUCAUCUGUUCAAGAAUACAUUGAGAACACAAAGAUGAACAAAAUUCACACUUGGGCUACUCAAACUGAAAUUCAAGCAAUGGCUGAUUAUUUGGGUGUCAGUGUCUAUACUUACACAAGUAAUCGUUGGAUUAGGUAUAGUUCUAACAAUGAACAGUUGUCAGAUGCUGGAAUUUAUUUAGAACAUUGUAAUGAAAAUCACUACGAAACUGUCAUCUGUGUUUCUCUGGCUGAUGGACAGGGUUGCUAUAACUUGUGUAAAGAUGACGUUAAUGUCACUCCAUACAAAACUCGAUCACUAAAGACUGCUACCAGGGAGAGUAACUCUUCAGAUCUCGAUUUUUGCAUUUCUGAUAAAUAUGUACACACAUGUGACAUGACUUGCCCUAAGCCAUGUAACAUGUCUGUGUAUAGAGGAAAGCUAAACAUAUGCCACACCUGUAACAGUAAAUUGAUUCGAGGUACCAUCCCGGCUGAGUGUGCAGCUAACAAUUUGGAACUCCCCCCAGUACCUGAGGAACUUACACGAUUAAACAGUAUAGAAACUCAUCUUAUUUCACCAAACAUUAUGUUUUGUAAAUACAUGACAUUGCCUAAAACAAAACAGCGAGGCAUUCGAGGUCCCGUGGUGUGCGUUCAAAGUAGGGUUACAGAGACCUGUGACAAAUUGUUGCCCCGAACGGGCUCCCCUGGCCUGGUGCAAGUCAAACUGAAACGCAAAAUGUCUUAUAAAGGUCAUUAUGAGUAUCAGUUUGCAAACACUCAAAAUGUGACAGAAGCUUUGGCGUGCCUUAAACAAAUUAACAUUCACUAUGAAGACAUCGAGUUCAAUCAAGACUGGAUCAAUGAUUUUAGCAGAGAGGAGCCUGAGGAACAACAAGAACAACAAGACACAAAUGAAGUCACUGCUGAACAUACCGAUCCACGGCCACAAGACCCCAUAGAAGCUGAACAUCUGUAUGAGAACCAGCAGCAUGGUGUCUACAAUGACACAUGCUCUAUGCCACUAGACCUGGGUCAGGAGACGCUGGACCAGUAUCUUGAUAAUGUCGUUAGUGUUGCUCCGGCUGAAGGAAACAACCCAGUGAGCAAACUCCAUGACCAUACAAACGAGGCCAAAUGUUUUCCCGCCAUUUUUGUGACUGGCACAAAUACAUUUCAUACCCCGAGAAAAUUUCCACUCACUUUAUCCAAAUAUUUCAAAUUACGCCUUUUGAACGCUGACACGAGAUGUGCAAACAAUAUAGAAUAUCUGUUUUAUGCAGAUAACACGUUGAUCUUAUAUAAUGUCAUUAAUUGUGUCUCCAUUGCAACACGCAAAGGACAAUUUGAUGGCAUUACAAGAGGUAACGCUCAGGACAGUGACGGUAACGUUUUGAGACACGUGGUUCAGUUUAAUGGUGGUUUCCGGUUUUUGUCACCAAUCGUUGGCUCACCUGCUUACUGGCAACAAUGUAAGCGUGAGGUUUUUUCAAUGAUACGUCAGCUAGGAAUUCCAACUUGGUUCUGUUCUUUCAGUGCUGCUGACUUGCGCUGGGAAAAUCUAAUUGAAGCACUUCUCAUACAGGAUGGAAGAACACAGACAGUUGAACAUUUGAACUGGGCUGAACGGUGUAAUCUUUUGAGGAAGAACCCUCUGGUUGCAGCUCAAAUGUUUGACUACAGAUGGCAUUGGUUCUUGAAGUUGAUUCUCAUGUCCCCUGCUAAUCCCAUUGGAAAAAUUGUGGAUUAUUUUUGCCGGGUUGAGUUCCAGGCUAGAGGCUCCCCCCACAUACACGCUCUCUUCUGGGUAGAAAAUGCCCCUAGAAUUGAUGAAAACACCGAUGAAGAAGUCACUACUUUUAUUGAUAAAUAUGUCACCUGUGAGGUUCCACAAAAUGAUCCCAAACUGGCGGAAAUGGUGAAAACUCUGCAGACCCACUCAAAACACCACUCUAAAAGUUGUCGAAAAAAGAAGACAGUCUGUAGAUUUAAAUUCCCACGCCCACCAUCUCGGAGAACUUUUAUCAAAAGGGCACGGCAAACCCCCAUUUGUCCAAAAUGCCAUUUGAAAAAAGAUGAUGCACUCUGUGUAUGUCCACCAGAUGACCCAAAUCGCAUGUCCAAAGAGCGUGCAGAUCGCAUUAUAUCUGACGUGAAAGAGGCUGCGCUGAGUGUCAUUGACCCGCCCAAAGACAACGCAGAACUGUUUGCACGACUUGGCAUCACACAGGAACUUUAUGAAGAAGCCUUUCAAGUUUCAGACGGCCACACCAGUAUUAUUUUAAAAAGGGAACUGUCUGAUAUGUGGAACAAUCAAUUUAACGGUUUUCUGCUGUUUUGUUGGGCGGCUAAUAUUGAUAUCCAGUAUGUCGUUGAUGGUUUUGCUUGUGCGGCUUACAUGGUGACAUACAUCUCUAAAAGUGAAACAGAAGUGGGCUUGCUGCUUGGAAACGCACACAAGGAAGCAUUAGAAGGCAAUGAAAGUGCUAAAGAUGCUAUGAAAAAAAUGGGAAAUGUGUAUGUACAAAAUCGUGAGGUGUCAGCCCAGGAAGCUGCUUAUCGAGUCACUGGAAUGCAUCUCAAAGAAUUCUCCCGCAAAGUGUCUUUUAUUCCUACAGGUGAUAACAUAGUCCGGCUUACUAAACCCAUAAAACAGCUUGAAAACAGUUCAUCUGAGGACAUUUGGAUGACUAACAUAACAGACCGUUAUAUCAAUAGGCCAGAUGACAGUACUUUUAAUGACAUGUGCAUUUCUGUUUUUGUGUCCGAAUAUCGUGUGUUGUGCAAAGGUCAAACCAGCCGGAACCCAAUUCUGCUCCAAAACUCUAUGGGUGCCAUAACAAAGCGCAUUCGUACCCAACCUGCAGUGAUUAGGUAUGCCCGCUUCUCUCAAACUGAACAUCCAGAACUGUUCCAUCAGAGUAUUUUACAGUUGUUUCUCCCCUAUCGUGCAGAGAGCGACCUCAUGCCACCUCCAUUCACUGCGUUUGAACAGUUUUACACUCACGGACACAUUGUUCUUUCCAAUGGAUCAGUGUGUUCAGUUAAAUCUGUGGUUGAUGCAAAUAGAAACAGAUUUGACAAACACACUGAGGACUUGGAAACACUUUGUAAUGAAGUCAGCGUCAAUGCAAAUCUGGAAGAUGCAUGGUCUGCUCUCUGCCCAGUACAACAACUUGAAAGGAUGGAAGAUAAGGAAGAGGUUGUGGAGAUGGCGGGGGAAGACCAUGCUGACUUUGUCGAAAUUCCUGAAUUGGCCAUUCCAACAGACAGUAUCCAAUCAUCUAUCAAUCCAUUUGAAAAAACCAAAACAUUAACUAGACAAGAGGGUUUAAACUUAAUCCGAUCGUUAAAUGAACAACAGAUGGCCAUUUUCACCCAAAUUCGACACUGGUGCUUGCAAAAAAUUAAUAAUCAAAACCCAGAGCCACUACACACAUUCAUUACCGGCGGAGCAGGCACUGGAAAAAGCCAUCUCAUUAGAGCAAUACAAUACGAAGCUACAAGACUUUUGGCACCUUUAUGCUCUACUCCAGAUGGUGUUAGCGUUUUGCUAACUGCACCUACUGGAAUAGCAGCAUAUAAUCUAAAGGCUGCAACCAUUCACUCUUCAUUUAGCAUAGGCAUGGACUGCCGCCUCCCCUAUGUUCCACUCGGUGAAGAGAAAAUCAAUACUCUGAGAGUUCAGUUCCAGGAUGUUCACAUUCUCAUCAUAGAUGAGGUUUCUAUGGUCUCCUACAACUUGCUGGUUUACAUUCAUGGUAGAUUACGGCAGAUCAAACAAACUGGUGAUUCCCCAUUUGGAAACGUUAGCGUUAUUGCAGUCGGAGACUUUUACCAAUUACCUCCAGUUAAAGGUAAACCUUUGUAUGACACACGAGUUGGCUAUAAUCUUUGGCAAGAUUUGUUUCACAUUGCAGAGCUGACAACAGUUGUAAGACAGCAAGACACCACAUUUGCUGAUCUACUCAAUCGCCUAAGAACCCGGUCAAGAGACACGCCCCUGCUCCCAGAAGAUGAAGCCAUUUUAAGAAGUCGUGUCACAGGACAAACAUCUACUGCCCUACACAUCUUCCCCACUAACACGCAAGUCCAGUAUCACAACUCUGAACAGGUCCAACGCAUCUGCCCAGAUUACAUCACCAUCACAGCUCAAGAUUACAGCUACAAAAAAACUGGCAAACUCAUUGAAUUCACAGACGGGGUUGUUAAAACAAAGCAUACCUCGCUACUCGAUGAAUUGCCUGUUGGUGUCAAUGCACGGGUCAUGCUGAUUAAAAACGUGGAUGUAGCCGACGGACUGGUGAAUGGAAUAUGUGGCACCGUCACUCACAUAGACAAUCCACCAAACAGAAGGCUCCCACUGGCUAUUUACGUGCAAUUUGACGACGACAAAAUUGGCGCACAAAAAAGAAGCCGCACUGUCACUCCACCGGGCCUGACUGGUUCUACACGCAUAGAGCCAGUGGAAGAUCAAGCUAAUAAAAAGGGGGAAAAGCGUCGUCAGUUCCCCCUUAAAUUAGCAUGGGCUUGCACGGUGCACAAGGUACAAGGUCUUACUGUUGAUGCAGCUGUGGUCUGUCUGGACCAAACUUUUACAGCAGGUCAAGCCUAUGUCGCCUUAAGCCGUGUCAGGAGUUUAGAAGGUCUCAUCAUUCAAAAAUUCAAACCAAAGAAAAUCUACUGCAACAGUAAGGUCAGACCGGCAUUAGACACAAUGCUUCCCUUCAUGUUCACAGGGCCGUCAUUGGACAUACAUGAAACACAAGUUUUCAACUUGUUUUUCAUGAAUGUGCAAGGACUUCCGCAACAUGUGCCUGACUUACAGUCAUGUAUGCAGAAAUUCCAUCCCCACUGCAUUGCCGUUACAGAAACUUGGCUCACUGAACGCUCACACCACCAAUCCAAUAGCAUUGCAGGAUAUCAUUUCCACAGUCAAACCCGCAGUUUGGCAUAUCAAAGCAGCCGUCACCCUGCACUGGUCAAUUUGCGCACACAGCUACAUGGUGGAGUUGGAAUCUAUUGUCAAGACGGUUAUUCCUACGACACUGUGUCAUUACAAAACACUAAUCUGGAAUGUUUGGCUAAACAUUUCACUGAACAUGACAUUCUCAUUGCUGUCAUUUACCGCCCCACAUCAUACCCAAUGACUGUAUUCAAACAAAAUUUAAACACACUGGUGAAUUGGCUUGACUCAAAUUACAAUCACAUCGCAAUCGUAGGGGACUUUAAUGACGACAUAUUGAAAUCUUCCAGUCUUUGCAAUUUCAUGCAAAAAAAGGGAUUUGUUCAAUGUGUCGCCUCUCCCACUACAGAAAGAGGCACUUUAAUUGAUCACAUGUACUUAAAGUCCUCUCAGUUUGAAGUUGACACAAUUGUGGUACCAACUUACUUCAGUGAUCAUGAAGGGAUAGCUUGUCGUUUUAAGCAUAAAAACACAACAGCCAAUUAAAAUAACAUUUCCCUUUUUUUAAGCCUUUCAGUUUCUUUUUUUGGCCUUUUUUUUGCUUUUAUGCAGCUUUGUGUGUCAUCUCUUUUUGACUAGCUUCCGAUCUACUUUUAUUUUAUGUCAUUUUUUUUACUUACUUAAAAACACAACAGGCAAUUAUCUCUUUUUUUAUCUUUUUCUUUUUUUUUGAAGGGGUAUUUAAAUUUCUCCACUGCGGUGCUUGUUUUUUUUUUCCAUUUUUUUGUUUUGUUUUUUUCACUGGCGUUUCAUCUACUUUUGAAAUUAUGUACGUUCUUUUUUUUUUAAAUUUACUUAAAAACACAACAUUAUCUCUUUUUUCCUUGUUUUUCUGUUUUUCUUUCACUGUUUUGUUAUUUUUAUUUUUUUUAUUGUUAUUUUUUUAAAGGCAUAAGUAACAUAGAUUUUUCACAUUUCAGGUCCCUGUCUUACUC